GGACUCUUUCUUGAAUACUGGUUUCAUUUUUGAGACUUUGACUUGUUUCAUCUGCAUUCUGCGAUAAGGUCAGUUCACCCAAACCAGUGCGCCACCGUUUCCUUUCUUUCGCUGCAUUGCUUGGCUUGCUUCCCGAGGAACGAAGACCAUGGGUCUCUCGAAGAAACGAAAAAUGAUCUACUCUCGGAAUCUUCUCGCUGCAAUUUCUCUCUUACAGGCUUUUGCUUUUUCAUCUAUACUUAGUGCGGAGAAUACUGGUUCCCAAUUGGCUCUUGGUUUGAAUGCUGUAUCUGGGGAAAGGCAUUCUGAAGAAUAUUGUGCCAUGUAUGAUAUUUGUGGAGAGCGCAGUGAUGGGAAGGUUUUGAACUGCCCAUAUGGUUCCCCUUCUGUGAAGCCUGAUGAUCUGUUUUCUGCCAAGAUUCAAAGCUUGUGUCCAACAAUAAGUGGAAAUGUUUGUUGCACAGAAGCUCAGUUUGAAACGUUGCGUGCCCAAGUCCAACAAGCAAUUCCUUUGCUUGUUGGCUGCCCAGCAUGCUUGAGGAAUUUCUUGAAUCUUUUCUGUGAGCUGUCUUGCUCUCCGAGUCAGAGUUUAUUUAUCAAUGUGACUUCUAUUUCCAAGGUGAAGAGCAACCUGACUGUGGAUGGUAUUGAUUUUUUUGUGACUGAUGCUUUUGGAGAGGGUUUGUAUAACUCUUGUAAGGAUGUAAAAUUUGGUACAAUGAAUACACGGGCUCUAGAUUUUGUUGGUGCAGGGGCUAAAAAUUUUAAAGAAUGGUUUUCAUUCAUUGGUCAGCAAGCAGACCUUGGUAUGCCUGGUUCACCUUAUUUCAUUAAUUUCCGGGACAAUGCUGAGUCAUCUGGAAUGGAGCUUAUGAAUGUGUCUGUUUAUUCAUGUGGUGACACAUCACUGGGGUGCUCUUGUGGCGAUUGCCCUUCAGCUCCCAUGUGCUCUAAUUCAGAACCUCCUUCUCCUCACAAAAAAGAUCACUGUACUAUUAGAAUUGGAUCCCUUGAGGCCAAAUGCAUAGAAUUUGCAUUGGCUAUUUUGUACAUUAUUUUGGUCUGUGCAUUCUUUGGAUGGGGUCUGUUUCAUCGGACAAGAGAAAGGAGGAGACCUGCAUCAACCAUGAAACCUUUGUUGAAUAUCAUGGAUGACCAUGAGAUCAAUUCCAAUGAUAGUGUCACCAUGAAGGACCAUGAGAUGAUUCCUCCAGUGAUGAAUGGGGUUCAACUUUCUAUUGUUCAAGGAUACAUGUCAAGAUUUUACAGGAGAUAUGGAACAUGGGUUGCUAGGCAUCCCACCCUUGUGCUUUUAUCAUCAUUGGCGGUUGUCCUUAUACUUUGCUUAGGUCUAAUCCGUUUUAAAGUGGAGACCCAGCCUGCGAAGCUGUGGGUAGGUCCUGGAAGUAAGGCAGCAGAAGAGAAACAUUUUUUUGACAGCCAACUUGUCCCUUUUUACAGAAUUGAGCAGCUCAUAUUGGCAACCAUGCCAGAUCCAAAGCAUGGGAAGUCCCCCAGUAUUGUAACGGAGGAAAAUAUCCAGUUACUCUUUGAAAUACAAAAGAAGGUUGAUGGUAUUCGUGCUAAUUUUUCUGGUUCAAUGGUAUCCUUAACUGACAUUUGCUUGAAGCCUCUUGGCCAAGAUUGCGCCACUCAAAGUAUUUUGCAGUACUAUAAAAUGGACCCUGAAAAUUUUGAUGAUUAUGGAGGAGUUGAACAUGCUGAGUACUGUUUUCAGCAUUAUACUUCUGCAGACACGUGUUUGAGUGCUUUUAAGGCUCCACUAGAUCCGAGUACUGCUUUAGGAGGAUUUCCUGGGAAUAAUUAUUCUGAGGCUUCUGCAUUUAUUGUAACCUAUCCUGUAAAUAAUGCAAUUGAUGAAUCGGGCAGCGAAAAUGGGAAGGCAGUGGCAUGGGAGAAAGCUUUUGUUCAGUUAGUGAAGGAUGAGCUUCUGCCAAUGGUGCGGUCUAGCAAUCUCACUCUUUCAUUUUCAUCUGAAAGUUCAAUUGAGGAAGAACUGAAAAGAGAAAGUACCGCUGAUGUUUUAACAAUAUUAAUAAGCUAUCUUGUAAUGUUUGCAUACAUAUCAAUAACGUUGGGAGAUGUGCGGCAUUUGUCUACUUUCUACCUGUCUUCUAAGGUGUUACUUGGUCUUUCAGGAGUUAUGGUUGUCUUGCUUUCUGUCCUUGGAUCUGUUGGAUUUUUCAGUGCUGUUGGAGUAAAAUCUACAUUAAUAAUAAUGGAAGUCAUUCCUUUCCUGGUUUUGGCUGUUGGAGUGGAUAACAUGUGCAUCCUGGUACAUGCUGUGAAACGUCAAUCAUCGACAUUACCUUUAGAAGGGCGAAUAAGUAAUGCACUUGUUGAAGUUGGGCCAUCCAUAACACUAGCUAGUUUGUCGGAGGUUCUGGCAUUUGCAGUUGGAAGUUUCAUUCCCAUGCCAGCAUGCCGUGUGUUCUCCAUGUUUGCUGCUCUGGCUGUUCUAUUGGACUUCCUUCUGCAAGUCACUGCUUUUGUUGCCUUAAUAGUCUUUGACUUUUUGAGAGCUGAGGAUAACAGGAUUGACUGCUUUCCAUGCAUAAAAGUUCCUUCAUCUUCUGUGGAAUCUGAUGAAGGUAUCAAUCAUAGAAAGCCUGGAUUGCUGGUUCGGUAUAUGAAGGAUAUUCAUGCACCAAUUCUUGGUCUUUGGGGAGUUAAAAUAGUUGUCAUUGCUGUCUUUGCGGCUUUUGCUUUAGCAAGCAUUGCAUUGUGUACAAGAAUCGAACCUGGCUUGGAGCAGAAGAUUGUUCUUCCUCGAGACUCAUAUCUUCAGGGCUAUUUCAAUAAUGUUUCGGAGUAUCUUAGAAUUGGACCGCCGUUAUAUUUUGUUGUCAAAGACUUCAACUACAGCUCGGAAUCAAGUCAUACAAACCAGAUCUGCUCUAUUAGCCAGUGUGACUCAAACUCUCUUUUAAAUGAGAUAACAAGAGCUUCUUUAAUACCAGAAACAAGCUACAUUGCUAAACCAGCCGCCUCAUGGCUUGAUGACUUUCUUGUAUGGAUAUCACCAGAGGCUUUUGGUUGUUGUCGGAAGUUUUUGAAUAAUAGCUAUUGCCCCCCCGAUGAUCAACCACCUUGCUGUUCACCUGAUGAAGGUUUUUGUGACCUAGGUGGGGUAUGCAAAGAUUGUACUACGUGCUUCCGUCACUCAGACUUGUAUAAUGGUCGUCCAUCAACAGUACAAUUUAGGGAGAAGCUCCCUUGGUUCCUCAAUGCGCUGCCCUCUGCUGAUUGUGCGAAGGGUGGUCAUGGGGCUUACACUGGCAGUGUGGAUCUGGAUGGUUACGAGUCUGGUAUUAUACAGGCAUCAGAGUUCCGUACAUAUCACACCCCACUAAACAAGCAAGGUGACUAUGUUAAUUCAAUGCGAGCUGCAAGAGAGUUUAGCUCAAGGGUUUCUGAUUCUUUAAAGAUCCAAAUUUUUCCAUAUUCUGUGUUCUAUAUUUUCUUUGAGCAAUAUCUGGAUAUAUGGAGGACAGCUUUGAUCAACAUUGCUUUGGCACUUGGUGCUGUAUUUAUUGUUUGCCUGGUUAUCACAUCCAGUCUCUGGAGUUCAAUAAUCAUUUUAUUUGUCGUGGCAAUGAUUGUUGUGGAUCUCAUGGGUGUAAUGGCAAUUCUUGAUGUCCAACUAAAUGCAGUCUCUGUUGUUAACCUUAUAAUGUCUAUUGGGAUCGCUGUUGAGUUUUGUGUGCACAUAACACAUGCCUUCUCGGUUAGCCAAGGGGAUAGAGACCAGCGAGCAAAGACUGCUCUGGGGACUAUGGGAGCUUCUGUCUUCAGUGGAAUUACUCUUACGAAGCUUGUUGGAGUUAUUGUUCUUUGCUUCUCAAGAUCAGAAAUUUUUGUGGUUUAUUACUUCCAAAUGUACAUGGCGUUGGUAAUUAUUGGGUUCUUGCAUGGGCUUGUGCUUUUACCAGUGGUUUUGAGCAUGUUCGGUCCACCAUCGAGACAUAUACCCAUUGAGAAACUGCGGGAAGAUGAGCCAUCCUCUUCAUCAUAGUUGAGAAACUGCAGGGAGAUGAGCCGUCCUCUUCAUCAUAGUUGAUCUAACUGGUUAAUUCAUACACCAUCCCUUUCCGAGCCGAGUUUCUGCUACUUGAUUUCAUUAUGUUUGCGUACCAAUGAACUGAGCAUAUCAUGACAGCUUCUGUCUGUUGAUAAAGUAAUAAUGCAGAGGGUAUCACAACACAAAGGCUGGAAAGUGGAUAUGUAUUUAGGUCAUGUUGGGAACUUGGGAAUAUUAUAGAGGGAAAUAUGAAGAAAUUCAAGAUUCAAUUAUGUUUUUUGAUUUCUGAUUUUGUAGCUGUACAAUGAAGAAAUAAGUUGUGAAAACACUUUUUAAAAUUUAUGUAGCUACUUCUUGUUCUUGUCA